AUGCUGGCCAAGCGCCAGCUGGCUCGAGCUCCGGCCUCGUCCGCCUCGCUCAUGAUGGCCACGAGGAUGCUCGCCUCUCCCUCGUUCUACCAGCAGCAGCAGCAGCGAGGCUACGCGACGCCCAAGGGACCCCCGCCCCAGAACUUCCGGACGAGCAAGCCGAUGGAGUGGGUGUGGGAAAAGGACAGCCUGCUGGACCGGCUGGGCAAGUACUUCCUCAUGACCGAGAUGGCCAGGGGAAUGUAUGUCCUACUGGAGCAGUUCUUCCGACCUCCUUACACCAUCUACUACCCGUUCGAAAAGGGCCCCAUAUCCCCCCGAUUCCGCGGCGAGCACGCGCUGAGACGAUACCCCUCCGGUGAAGAGCGAUGCAUCGCCUGCAAGCUCUGCGAAGCCAUCUGCCCUGCCCAAGCCAUUACCAUCGAAGCCGAAGAGCGUGCCGACGGCUCUCGCCGCACCACCCGCUACGACAUCGACAUGACCAAGUGCAUCUACUGCGGCUUCUGCCAGGAGUCGUGCCCCGUCGACGCCAUCGUGGAGUCUCCCAACGCCGAGUACGCCACGGAGACCAGAGAAGAGCUGCUGUACAACAAGGAGAAGCUGUUAUCCAACGGAGACAAGUGGGAGCCUGAGCUCGCUGCCGCCAUUCGCGCUGAUUCACCUUACCGAUAA